AUGCCACCCCAAGGCUGGCUAGACAUCCACGGACAUUUCUACCUACCCCAAGCACCAGGCGAAGCAGAAGCCCUAGCCGAAUCCUUCCGAGCAGCAUGCUUCAUGGUCUCGCGCCCCGUAACAUGGGAAGUCGAGUCUAUCCUCCGGUACAACGACUGGGCAAACGUCCAGAUGCAAAUGCUCUCAUACAUUCCACAAAGCAGUCUCGAGAAGCUCAAGGAAGCCAAUACCUACGCCGCGUCACUUGUGUCAAAAUAUCCCUCCCGCUUUGGACUCCUGGCGGCGCUUCCAACCGACGAUCCAGAGCUGUGCCUUAGCGAAAUCAAACGAACAACAUCGACAUUCGCGAUCCCAGCGGAUGGAUUCGCUGUGACGACCGUUUACAAGGGUGUCGGGCUGGGAGAUCCUCGUCUCGAACCUGUUUGGGAUGUGCUGAACUCUCGGAAGGCGGUUGUUCAUAUCCACCCUAAUGCUUACGCGGCGCCAACAAACGGUCGUCCGUCGCCAUUGAUUGAGGUGGCUUUUGAUACGGCAAGAACUGUUGUUGAUAUGCUUUACAAUGGUGUCUUCCGCCGCUAUUCUAAUAUCAAAUUUGUUCUAGCGCACUGUGGUGGAGUGUUGCCCGUUCUGUCUGGUCGGUUGGCGUUGCUUGGAACAGAGGAAUGGGUGCCGAAUCCGAAUGAGAUCACGAGAAAGGAGAUUGAGGAGCAGCUUGGGCGUUUUUACGUUGACACGGCUGCAACUGCGAAGACGGGGCUUCAGCCAGCUGUGAAGAUGGUAGGACUUGAGAACGUGGUGUAUGGGGCGGAUUGUGGAGCGCCGUGUUCUAUUGAACAGACUAUGGAGGAGAAUAGAAAAGAUAUCAUGGAUUUCGAAGCGCAGAAUGAUAUUCCUAGGGGUACAAUUCUUGCUAACGGGUGGAAGCUGUUUCCUCAGGCGGCGGCAAGGGUAACGGCGAAUGAUGUAUAA